AGUUGCCUAAAGAAAUUUGCAAAAUGGAUCCGAAUUUUAACUCGGAAAGCAACAACACUGGCGGCAGCGGCAGUGGAAGCAGCAGCAACAGCAAUCCUCCGCCUCUACCAGCAGAAGCCUCAACCUCAACAGCUGGAGGAGGCGUUGGCUCCACGUCGUCGUCCUCCUCCUCCUCUUCCUCCACCAAUGAGCCAAACACUAUUUCAAUCAUUACAUCUAACCCAAUUCCCGAAUCCCACCCCGUAUCCCAUCCAGAUUCUCAUGCCUCAUCUUUAUUAUUUAACAUAGAAGGAGAUAAUCGUGAUGAAUAUCAAUCUCAUACGCCUCAUGAUCAUGAACACUCUCCCACUCCUACUUUUCACCAGACUGCACCGCCACCCACAACACCAGCACAACAACAAGGUGGACCCGAUCAGCCCCAGCACCCAGAAGUGAGUCAGCAGCAGCAACAGCAGCCGCAGCCGCCCCAAGAAGAGGAGGUGGAGGAGGCAGCAGAGGUGGUGGUUGCCGCCCAUCCAGAACCGAUCAUUGACGCCAACGCCAUUGCCGAUACCAUUGACGCCGGGGCCAUUGACAACGACGCCGUGGAGCGUAUAGACGACUACGACGAGGACGAGGAAGACGACCUCACCGAUGGUGAUAUUGUCCAGCACCCCUAUCAUCAUCAUCAUCAACACGAAGUAGACAACGACGACGAAGACCAGCGAGCCCAAGAAGAGCUGCUGGAAGAGGAGGAGCAGCAGCAGCAGCAGCCGGAUCAGCAACAGCAACGUCUACAUUCGGUGGCUGUUUUACCUAGCUAUUCAACAGCUCGUGUCUCACUGCCACAAUUGUUGCGUGCCGGGCGACAUACUAGCUCCAACAACACCAACAACAACAAUAACGCCAGCAGCAGCAGCAUCGGCAACAAUAAUAAUAAUAAUAACAACAACAACAUAAGCACCUCUCCGGCUGCCUCGCGUCGUACUCGCCAUUUUUAUAGCAACAACGGAAGCCAUUUCAGCAACGACAUGUUUCCCGGCUCGUCGCAUCAUCACCACCACAAUAAAAGCUCCAAUCAGAGCUCACCAAGGACCACCAAUAGCAGCAGCAGCAGUGGCGGCAGCGGUACCACUCGCCAUCAUCAUCCACAUCAUUCGCAUCAGCAGCAUCAACAUCAUCAUUCUUCGUCCUCACAUCAAGGCUCGUCAUCGGCAGUGGACCCAUUGCGUCUCCUCUAUCCGAAUGUGAAUGAGAAUGAGACACCAUUACCACGCUGCUGGAGUCCCCAUGACAAAUGUCUCUCGAUUGGACUAUCCCAAAAUAAUCUGCGCGUCACCUACAAAGGUGUGGGAAAACAACACAGUGAAGCCGCCUCAGUGCGCACUGCCUAUCCCAUACCACCAUCGUGUGGAUUAUAUUACUUUGAGGUUCGCAUCAUAUCGAAGGGACGCAAUGGCUAUAUGGGCAUUGGACUGACUGCUCAACAGUUUCGCAUGAAUCGCCUGCCAGUAGGUUGGGAUAAGCAAUCGUAUGGCUAUCAUGGCGAUGACGGAAACUCAUUUAGCUCAUCGGGCAAUGGUCAGACAUAUGGUCCAACAUUUACCACAGGCGAUGUGAUUGGUUGCUGUGUGAAUUUUGUGAACAACACAUGUUUCUAUACCAAGAAUGGGGUGGAUUUGGGCAUAGCAUUUAGAGAUUUGCCGACCAAACUCUAUCCUACUGUGGGUCUACAGACACCCGGCGAAGAGGUCGAUGCUAAUUUUGGCCAGGAGCCAUUUAAAUUUGAUAAAAUUGUCGAUAUGAUGAAGGAGAUGAGGGCAACUGUCUUGCGUAAGAUCGACAAGUAUCCACAUUUACUUGAAACACCUGAGAAUGUUAUGAAUCGACUGGUUUCGACUUAUUUGGUGCAUAAUGGUUAUAGUAAAACAGCCGAAGCCUUCACUGGGUACACAGAUCAACAGCUCGAUGAGGAAAUGUCUUCCAUUAAGACACGGCAAAAGAUCAUUAAACUCAUACAGACUGGUAAAAUGGGUCAGGCCAUUGAUCAUACAUUGCGUUCGUAUCCUGGCUUAUUGGAGAAUAAUAAAAAUCUUUGGUUCUCCUUGAAAUGUCGACAAUUUAUCGAAAUGAUCAAUGGAGCUGACCUUGAGAAUGCCUCUAACAAAGUCACAGCCACUACCCAAACCAUGCCAACAAAUCAAACAUCGGUUAUACAAUCGACCAAGACCUUUAAACACAGCGGCAGCAACAAGGGAGGAGGUGGAGGAGCUGCUGCUGCUGGUCAGGGACAAUCCCAAAAUAAUACUGCAAAUCCAGCUGUGAUAAAGCAAAGUGGCGAUAAACAGGAUCUAAAAGGCAUAAUAAUUGAUGAUAAUUCAAACAAAUGUGUGGAUGAGGAUGAAGAUCAACAGCAUCAGAAUGACUCAUCAAAUAGCAUGGAUGUGGAAAUGGAGCCAAUCAAUAGUCACUCAAAUGGCGAUAAUGGUGAAGGCGGCAAUGGCAGUGGCGAUCCCGCCUCUACUGGCGGCGGUGGUGACUCCUGUUCUAAUGGUAAUGCCAAUAGCAGCGCAGUGCGCAAUUCUUUAGAUGCCAUUGAUGAAGAGGAAAUGGAUGUGGAUAUAUCGCCCUCGUCGCGUACCUAUGGACGGAUUAUAGAGAAAAUAUUAGAAUUUGGCAAGGAACUAUCUUGCAUGGGCCAACAAUUGGAAAAGGAGAAUCUAAUGACCGAGGAAGAGCGUCAAAUGUUGGAGGAUGCAUUUAGUUUGAUUGCGUAUUCGAAUCCUUGGUCCAGUCCCCUGGGCUGGCUAUUGUGUCCAUCUCGACGUGAGAAUGUCUCCACCACACUGAAUUCAGCCAUAUUGGAAUCUUUAAAUUUCGAGCGCCGUCCACCCUUAGAGUAUUUGGUGGCUCAUGCAGCGGAAUUAAUCAAAAUUAUUGGCCAGCAUUCGCUGGGCGAAGAUGCUUUCGUUACCGUCGAUGAUAUAUUUCCGCAAAAUUGACCCAGUUCGCCGACGCUGCUGAAAAUGUUCGAAACGACGCUGACCUUGCCGCGUUCUAGUGUAAUGACCGAUGACCAGUUGCCGGGUAGCAGCGGCAGCGUUAUACCCUCCACCUCGACAGCCGCUGUUGGUGUCCAGACUACCAGCAUUGCGUCGUCUACAUCGUCCAUGCAGAACGCAAAACGCAGGCGCCGACGACGUAAUAAGCGUCGACGCAAAUCCUCCUCGCUAACCAUGAGCAGCAAUGAAACAGCAGCAGCAGCAGCCGCGUCGGCUUCGACUUCCCGCACUUAUGAUCCUGUGAUGACGGGCAGCUCUUCUUCUAGCCUGGGUGGUGUAGGCGUGGCGAGUGGCCCAGCUGUUUCCAUAAGUGUUUCCACGGGAACAGCUCGUCGUGGUCGUCAUCAUCAACAUCAACGCUCAUCGGCAGCAGCAGCGGCGGCAAGGGCAGCGGCAUCAGCAGCAGCAGCAGCAUCAUCAUCAUCAGCAGCGGCGGCGGCCUCCCAUAGUCCAUCAGAAAUGUAUGUCGAUCCGCAGGACUAUUUCGAGACGCUCGAUUAGAUUUAUUAAAUAAUACAAAAAAGCAAAAGGCAAAAAGAAAAGCAAAUUCAUCGUAGUAGUAUAAAUUUUGUUGUUACUUCAGAUAUAUAUAUAUAUAUUAUUUCUUUUAAUCGCGUUUCAUUUUGGGCCCCCCUUUAAUUUUCGUUCGCUAAUGAUUUUAGAGUGAGUUUUUUUAUAACCUAUAUAUUUUUAAGUCGAAAAGUGUGUAAUAUUAUCUUUGCAAAAAAAGCUAAAGUAAUAAAAAAUAAUAAUAAUAAUAGUUAAAACUAAGAUUAACGAAAUAUUGUGCUGAUCCGAUUGAUCGGUCGAGAUGCCUCUUCUCCUUUCUUAAUUGUCAUUAUGUUUCAUUUAAGCAAACAACAACAAAAUAUACAAUACAAUCCAUUAAGAGAUA